AUGCCUCGGAAUCAAAGGGGACGUUCAAUCAACUGUUCCAACAAUCCAGAGAAUGAGAGUGACGGAGAGCCCACCCCAACUUCAUUGACCAGAUCCAGCAGGCCAUCUCGACAGGGAACUCUCACGGUAUCUGAUGAAGGAAGCGUAAAUGAGAAUCCUGAAAAUUUGUGUUUGGUCACCCGGACCCUUGAGGGGAGCACCAGUGAAGAAAAUACAACCCGAACAGUCAUCUCUUCCUUUUGCAGAAGUUUGCCAAGCUGGCUGAUUCAGAUCAUCUGCCUUAUCACCACCCUGAGAAACACUAUCUAUAAAGCUCAGCUCUGCCCCCAGUACAUUGGGUGGACCCAGACAGGGGCAGCAACACUGAGAAAGUUGCUUCAUAAAGUGGUGGAGAAGCUGGCCAUUCUCUUCUUCUGUACAUUUGCCUUCUGGUGCAUUGUCAUUUGCUUGCCAACCAAACUGGAUAUAAGGAGAAUGAACAUGAUGACUGCAGGAGGGACCAUUGAUUUCGAACACACAUCUGCCACCUACAGUUGUGACAAAGCCAGAUCUUACUGGAGUUGGUUCCGACUAUGGAACUAUGCACGUCCACCUGAUGUCAUCCUGGAGCCCAACGUGACACCUGGCAACUGCUGGGCAUUCAGUGGAGAUCAGGGGCAAGUCGUCAUCCGCCUGGCCAGGAGGAUCUUCCUCACCAAUAUUACGAUUCAGCACAUCCCGAAAACUAUUUCCCUGUCAGGCAACUUGGAUACAGCCCCCAAGGACUUUGUCGUAUAUGGCAUCAAUGAUAAAAGCAAAGAAGAGACAUUCCUGGGGGCUUUUUUGUUUCAGCCUGAAAACUCCAUUCAGAUGUUUCCACUCAAGAACACGCUCACCAAACCCUUCAACUGCAUCAAACUGAAGAUACUGACCAACUGGGGAAACCCCCACUUCACCUGCCUGUACCGAGUUCGAGCUCAUGGUACAAUGAGUCAGCCAAUGUCUGAGUACUAG